CGUCGGCCACCAGUAUUUUUGCUGAGCUGGAUUGUUUACAUCCCCGGAGCUGUUCGUCCGGCGCGUGAUUAGGAGUCGAGUGUGCAUCUCUGACGGGGAGUGCAAAAAUUUUCGCGUGGAAAUUGGUCGCCAACUGCCCCCCUCCCCUUUUACCCACUUGUGUAUCCACCAGCCUACUUCUCCAGCCACAGUAAUUCUCGAUCGUUUGGACAGCACCGGCCAGAGGCGAGGGAUCCCAGGCAGGAUGAAGGUUACCGUGACCACGCUCAGCGACGACAUCUUCGUCCUGGACGUCAGCGAGGACCUGGAGCUGGAGAACUUCAAGGCGUUCUGCGAGAUCGAGACCGGAGUACCAGCUCACGAGAUCGUGAUCGCGUUCAAUGGACGACCUUUGAUGGACGACAAGAAAUCGUUGAAGGAUCUAGGGAUCCGAGACGGUGACGCUGUGAUACUGCAGCACAUGCACCAGAGCGGGACCGACUUGAACCUUCACCCCUUUAACGGAGCUAUUCCCAUGUUGGACUUCAGUUCCAUCAGAGUGCCAGGAGCGCCUGCGACAAGACAGCCAACCACAUCGAAUAAUGCUGCUAGGAUACAGAAUCCUAGGAGCGAGGAUAAUCCAGCGAUGAUAAAAGACAUGUUCCUAGCUAAUCCGGAUCAACUAGCGUUGCUAAAGCAGAACAAUCCUAGGCUAGCCGAUGCAUUGUUAUCUGGAAAUCUGGACAGGUUCUCCACGGUACUCAGGGAGCAAAUCAAAGCCAGGGAGGAACGUCAGGCUCAAAGAUUAAGGAUGAUGAACGCUGAUCCAUUCGACACAGAAGCUCAGAGACUAAUAGCUGAGGAGAUCAGGCAGAAGAAUAUCGAGGCGAACAUGGAAGCAGCUAUGGAGUACAAUCCUGAGACGUUCGGGACAGUGGUUAUGUUGUACAUUAAUUGUAAAGUGAACGGGUUCCCUGUGAAAGCAUUUAUCGACUCAGGAGCACAAUCGACUAUUAUGUCUGCCGCCUGCGCCGAGAGGUGUCAUAUAAUGCGAUUGGUGGACACCAGGUGGGCCGGAGUGGCUAAAGGUGUAGGGGUACAGCGCAUCAUUGGUCGUAUACACAUGGUCCAGAUACAAAUAGGCAAUGACCAUCUGACAACGUCGUUUAGUGUCCUCGAGGAGCAGCCUAUGGACAUGUUACUGGGCCUGGACAUGCUUAAGAGGCACCAGUGUUGCAUAGACCUGAAGAGAAACGUCCUGCAGAUAGGCACCACUGGCACCGAGACAACAUUCUUAGCUGAAGGUGACCUGCCAGAGUGUGCUAGGCUAAGUGGUAACAGCGACGAGGUCUUCGACGACAGGGAACUUCAAAGAGCUCUGGAGGACAGUUCUAGUGAUGCUAAAAAGCAACGUCAGCAAAAUGACGGCCAAGGGAGCAGUAAUGCUAGUGGGCUAACAGUUCCCUCUAGUAGACCAGCCUCGUUGGAGACGAUUCUACCAAACGAUCCCUUCACAGAGGAAACCGUGGAGGAGAUUGGGGCUUUGGGUUUCACCAGGGCGCAAGUGAUUGCCGAAUUGCGUCGACUUAACGGGGACAAGGCUCAAGCCACCGCCGCGUUGUUCGCGAAAUCUUUGAAAUUCUAGAGACAACGACGAACAAAGUCUAUUUUUAACUCUGAUCGGCGAACGCCCAAAGGGUGUGGGGGGAGGGGGGAUUUGUACUUGAUUUUCGGUAGCAAUUUUUAACAUCGAUGAUUGUAUAGGGUGUCCCACCUAACGUGAGCACCUUCAAUAUGAAGGAGCAAAUGCUACAUUUUCUCAAGGACAUAUUUUUCGAAAGUUCAAGAUCAUCGAUAGUUUUUUAAACAACAUUAGAUAUGUUUAUCAACGUGGCGUAAUAUUCGAGAUCAAGGUCAAUCCAGUGACCUUGAGUACGAAAAAUCGACAAAUAUACGAGAAUAGAUUUAAAUAAUAUGUCCAAGUUGUUGGACAUCACUUAGAGCAUUUGGGAAAACAAAUUUACUGCCAAAACAAGUGAGAUACUGAAGGUGCUCACCUUAAGUGGGACACCCUGUACACACUCGACGCACCAACGACGCUCAAGGGACAUUAAAGUCUCAUUGGAGAUAGUCAGGAUUCCCAAAGUGAUGGAGCUAUGCAUUUUCCUCUAACAGAAUACGGAUAAUAGGCCAGUGUGAUCUGGUAUAUAUAUAUAUAUAUAUAUAUAUAAUUAUCGCAAUACACACACAAUAAGUUUAAGGGCAGCGUGUUAAGACGAGUUUUAAAGAAAGAAGUUCUAAAGAAAUUUGGUACUAGGUGUCCUCAUUCGGGAAAUGGCGGAAAACGGUGGUUUUUUUUUUUUGUUUCACGGAACGUUGCUGACUGAAAAAUCAGUUCCUCUAUAAUUUAUUGUACGAAGCUAUCGGUGGACCCAAAGUCCCCCGGGGAUUUACACGUUUAUUUUUCAUGUCACAAGAGAGAGAGGGAGAGAUAAAGGACGAACUCAGAGGCGGGAAUUUCUGUUUUGUUACCUUUUUACGCGAGUGUACCCAUUGAACGUACACGAUGGAUAACAUGAAUUUCAUACUGUUACAACCUACUGUAGGGUACAUGGUAUUUUUUCUGUAUUUUCUUUAUUACUUAUUAAAAGACUUGAAAGACGA